CAUGGCGUUCGAUGGACUCAGUUCAUUGGGGGCCCAGGGGGCUAUGUCAGCUGCCUCUGCAUUGUCUCAACCUGCUGAAAACUAUACAAAUGAUAGUGGUUUGGAACUACAGUGGGCAAUGAAAGCCUACCAUCAUGCAGAAACUUAUUUCAAUUUGAUAUCCUCAGUGGAUCCAGCAAGGCUUCGACUUUCCAAACAUGAUGAUGAAAUCUACAAGGAAUUUAGGAAAGAUUUUAAAGAUUUGAAGAUAGAUGUAAUCAACAUCCAAGAUUUGAAAACAGAUGAUUCUAAAUCAAAAUGGAGACCAUUUUGCAAUCACUUUGAAGGACAAGUAGAUGAUUUCAAUUUUGGUACUUUAUUAAGAAUUGAUUGCAGUAAAGAAUACUCAGAGGAAAACUCACUACUAGUUACUCGCAUACAGUUCUAUGCCAUCGAAAUUGCUCGCAAUAGAGAAGGUUAUAAUGCAUGCAUCUGGAAUAAAACUUCCCUGAAGGAGAAAAAGACAAACACAAAGGAAGGACAGUCCUAG